GCUCCCUGGCGGCGGCGGUUGCGCGCGCGCACGCGGCGAUGGCGGCAGCCGGGGAGCAGGCUCCAUACUCCGUGUACUUCUGCGGGAGCAUCCGCGGCGGGCGCGAGGACCAAGCACUGUAUGCGCGGAUCGUGUCGCGGCUGCGGCGCUAUGGGAAGGUGCUCACUGAGCACGUGGCUGAUGCUGAGUUGGAGCCGCUUGGGGAAGAGGCUGCUGGGGGUGACCAGUUCAUCCAUGAGCAGGACCUGAACUGGCUGCAGCAAGCAGAUGUGGUAGUGGCGGAAGUGACACAGCCAUCCUUGGGUGUUGGCUAUGAACUGGGCCGGGCAGUAGCUCUUGGGAAGCCAAUUCUGUGCCUGUUUCGACCACAGUCUGGCCGAGUGCUUUCCGCCAUGAUCCGCGGAGCAGCAGAUGGCUCGAGGUUCCAGGUAUGGGACUACGCAGAGGGAGAAGUGGAGACCAUGCUCGAUCGGUACUUUGAGGCAUAUCUUCCUCAGAAGACGGCUUCCUCCAGUCACCCAAGUGCCUGACCACCCUACUGUAUUAAAAAGAAAAUUAAGAUUUAUUUUUUUUUUUACGUAUACUUUAACUGCUGUAUGUAUGUAACCACAUUCAUCCUGGUGCCCAGAGGUCAGAGGAGGGUACCAUUCUCUGGAACUGGCAUUAGAGAUGGCUGUGGGCCUCCAUGUGCGUGCUGGAAACUGAGCCCACGUCCUCUGCAUGAGUGACACGUGGUGCUCUUAACUGCUGAGCCUUCUCUUUGGCCCUGACCCUACUUUAUUAAAUGCUAACCCCUGA